UUCCGGUGUAUAUUAUAAUGACGGAAAGGCCGAUUUCAAGGCGAAAUAAGCAUGGUUUUCUUUCAGACAUAUCUACCUCUCAAGAUGAAGGAUUCAUAGAAAUUACUCUUAUUUACAAUAACAAUGAUUAUACUGUUAAACUUCCACAAGGAGCUGACAGAAUGACGAUUUGUAGUGAAAUCAAAAGGCAAACUGGAGUCAAAGGAGCUUUUUAUUUGUUCGAUGGCGGCAAGUUUUACCUCCACUCAUCGAGUUUAACGUUGUCCAAUAUCAACAAAGUGUUGGCUGGAAAACUUGAAGUGCGAGGUGGCGAUUGGAUGAACAAGGGUGGAGAUUCUGUAUGGUACUAUUAUAGCCAAACGCUAAGACCUGACGUGAAGCAACAACUAGAAAAGAGACAGUUUGUGCCAAGUGACCAGCCUCCUUAAUAUAUUACUAACAACCAUCAAAUGCUUUAUACUAAUGGCUUGUUGAGAGUGACAGCUGAAGACUGGAUAAUACUGAUGUAAGCUCUUGCAGUUUGUGGUCAUGAAUCAAUUAAUGUUAAGAUAAUGAAGAAGUGGAAGAGGGGGAUCAAGAGGUCCAAGAGGGCAAGGCAAUAGAUUGUAUCCAUAAAACGUAUCAUAUCAGUUUUACCGCUCCCACUAUUAAUCGCUAUUGAUUAGUCUGAAAAUUCUGUUCUUAUAAAUUUUUAUUAGUUUAGUUUAUGACUUGUCUCAUCGGGGCAUCGCAAACAAACUAAAUUACACUCUUUCCCCCCUCCUCCCCCGUGAAUUUAUUUAUUUGUUAUUCGUGAAUAAAGAGUUGUCGGCAAA